AAAGAGUAUAUAAAACGUUGAAAUUGUAGUUUCCAAUUCAAUUAAGAAGUCAACUUUUUGCUUAACAAUUUGACUAGUUAACGUCAAUUUAAUUGUUGCUUAGCUAUUCUUUGCUCAUUCAAACUUUCCCUCUCUGAGAUUCUCUGUCUUAUUAUUUUAACCUGUUGCUCAUUGUUUGCAAGGAAACUACUUCUGCUUUAACAUGUCUAGUUUGCCAGAGAUACGCCACAAUCUGAAGCGGAUUUCACCAUAUACUGUUGAACUUGGCGAAGGGCCACAUUAUGAUGAGAAGACUGGUCGAUUGUAUCAUGUUGAUCUGGUUAAAGGUGGUUGCUAUUACCUUGACACGAAAACACUUGAAUAUGAAUCAAUUUACUUUGAGCCUGGUUUAACUUUGAUUGUGCCAAUAGAAGGAAAAGCCGGUCAGUUUGUCAUUUCCAAGAAUCGUUCCCUAUACACUUUAGAUUGGGCAAAAAAGAGUUGUGAUUUAAUUACAACAGUUGAUCAUGAUAAAGAUACUCGAGUUAACGAUGGUAAAUGUGAUCCUUCUGGUCGUCUCUGGUUUGGUACCAUGAACUGGGAACGUAAACCUGGUUGCUUUGCUCCUAAUCUUGGAAGUCUUUACUCUCUCAAUCACAAUAGACAAGUAUCUUUACAUCAAGACAAUGUUACAAUUGCAAAUGGUCUAGCUUGGUCAUCUUGUAAAACCAAAUUUUAUUUCAUCGAUUCAAUGGCACGUCAAGUUUGGGUUUACGAUUAUGAUGAUCAAUCUGGCAACAUAAGUAAGUACAUCAUCUCCACUAUUACCAAAUAUUACUUGAACCAAACUAAAAACACUUCACCUAAAGUGAAUCUAAAUUAACCAAAAAUGA